AUGCAAAUAGUCGUCCACAACCUCACCGUUUCCACAACCGGAAAAACUCUGACUUCAAUUGGCUCUGGGGUUGCCCUCAAAGAGGCGACGGGUUAUGUAGUGACCAAUUGUCACGUCACCGAAGAGAAGACCACAAUAUAUAUUCAUCCGUACAGUCGGGACAACGCGGGAGAUAUACGUGAGAAGCCGUUCUCACAAACACCAAAGGGAAACGUGGUUUAUGUGGAGCCAGAACUGGAUUUAGCACUCGUAGCCGUUAGCGGACAGUUGGACACCAAUGGCUUAGAGUUGAGCGCAUCGGCAGAUAUGGGUCAACGUGUGGUGGCUUUUGGUAGUCCUGAUUAUCUGCAUAACACUAUAUUUGAUGGCGUGGUCUUUAGUGUCGAUCGCAAAUACAAAACCAUCUCUCGUGGUAAUUGGGAGUCUUUUACUCAUUUUAUGGACCCAAACACUACUAAUAUCACCCACACCUGUGCCAUAUAUGCUGGAUUUUCUGGUGGACCGGUGCUCGACAUGUCCGGAAGGGUUGUUGGCAUCAAUUGGGGCGGAAUUAUAGAUUAUCACGAAACUUUUGCCAUCACUUCAACAGAUGUCAAGGUCCAAACCCUGAGCCCAAGAAUCAGGAAUUUGUUGCAGAAAAUGCCACAAAUGUCUGAUUUUGCGCUCAAUGUUACCGAAGGAGUAGUUGUGAUGAGUGUUGUGUUUAGUCCUAAUGACGAACACAGUUCUCCUCCGAUGGCAAAGAAACCUAAACUCUCAGCAGAAUUUUAA